AUGAAGACGGGCCAUGUUGAUGCAUUCGAAAUAAAAGAACAACGUUUCUCUGCUACAAAAGGUCUGCCGAUCCCAAGCCCAGAAAAGGGAAUGGGAGGGGAAAACAUAUCAUCAUUUGGUUUGAUUUCAAAGUGGACAUUCCUCGAACAACACCGUAACCCUGCAAGACAAAGUGUGCCGAUACCAUGGGAACCACCUGCAUUCAAAAAGAUGGGUCUUGAGUUAACGUUUGAAGGAAAAAUAUUACGACAUGUAGCUGUUGGAUUAUUCAUACUGACAAUUGUUCAGUUACUCCUUUUGCUCAUCUUGGCUCUAUCGUGGAGAAUCAUUAUGGAACCGCCGCCAUUGGAGAGCAGCAUGCACUGUUUGAUAUGCAAUAAUGUCUCGCAACCGUACCCUUACAAUGACUUAGGAAACGUCAUUGAUGCACGAGGACAAAUGUAUAACGAGUCGGUAUGCUGUGAUCCCAUUCGUGAAGUUAUGGAGCGCCGCAUUCAAAACGAGAUGACAAAACAAUUUGCCGAAAACAGACAAGCAAAUCCGAGUCAUUUGGUCGGAGAAUCGUUUAUCACCGACUGUGAGUGGCAGGGGCUAAAAACGCCUACAGCUAAGCUGGUUGGAGUGGUAGAUAGCGUACCAAGUGAUAUAGUCCAAGGUCAUUCAAAACUUCGAUGGAACAAAAACAGCCGCACAUUCACCGAAAACAAAUGCAUUCAUCUCGAGCUUGAGGGAGAAAUCUUCAUCGAAAGACCAGGCUACUACAUAGUAUCUUCAACGCUGAUUGUUAAUGCCACAGGAACGAACAAUACAACAGCAACCUUCAGUCACAGCCUUAAUCUGCUGUCCCACAAAUUUGGAACAACUGGUGUGCUUAUGCAACGCCAAAAAUCUAUAAAAGAAUCCGACAAUGUUAUUUUUACAAUUUCUAUAUCCGCGGUUUUUAAGCUCCACUUGUACGAUAGGAUAUCUGUAUCUGUCAGCGACCCAAACUAUUUAGCUCAUAACGAUUCUAACGACCGUUUUACUGCAUACUACACGUACGACAUGUCUUAAAUUCGAAUUCCUGCUCAAAUAGAAACCCAUUCCACUUCUCCAUAGCUAAAUAGUUUGAAUCGGACAGCACGGAUUAUAUUUUUUCUGUAUAAAAACUCCAAAGUUUGAUUUACAAUUGUGUUUGACAGAGGCUCAUGCAUUCAAUAAUAUUUUUCAAUCUUCGCUGUAUCAACAAGAAAUUAUCCACGAGUUUUUCAUUGUAUUUGACACUAAGCAUUUCUUUUAUCAUUAUUGUGUAUUCUUCGCUAUAUUAUUUAGACAGCUCCAAUGUACUGUGUUUGACCCUGACAGAUUAAUUUUAUAAUAAGAUAAACAAAUGCUUAUGUAACCAUAAUGUAAUUUUGUUAUGUUUCUUUACAAAAAAACAACAUUUGCAUUUUAUGUGUUGUAACGUUUGAAUCAAGGAUCAUUUACACCUGCUGUAUAAUGCCAGUCUUUAAAAACUCCAAAGUUUGAUUUACAAUUGUGUUUGACAAUGAGUCAUCCAUUCAGUAAUAUUUUUCAAUUUUCGCUGUAUCAACAAGACAUUAUCCAAGAGUUUAUAUUGUGUUUGACAAUGAUGCAUUCAUUUAUUAUUAUUGUGUUUUCUUCGCUAUAUUAUUUAGACAGCUCCAGUGUGAUGUGUUUCAUUGUAUUUGAUAGUGCCGCAUUCAUUUAUUAUUAUUGUGUAUUCUUCGCUAUAUUACUUUAAUUGGCAUAUUCAAUGAUGUUGUUUAUAGUGUGUUUGACACUGAUGCAUUCAUUUAUCAUUAUUGUGUAUUCUUCGCUGUAUUAUUUAGACAGCUCCAAUGUGAUGUGUCUCAUUGUAUUUGACACUGCCGCAUUCAUUUAUUAUUAAUGUGUAUUCUUCGCUAUAUUAUUUAGACAGCUCCAAUGUUUUUGUGUUUCAUUGUUAUUGACACUGAUGCAUUCAUUUAUAAUUAUUGUGUAUUCUUCGCUUUUUUAUUAAGACAGCUCCAAUGUUGUUGUUUUUUAUUGCAUUUGACACUGCCGCAUUUAUUUAUUAUUAUUGUGUAUUCUUCGCUAUAUCAUUUAGACAGCUUCAACGUUGUUGUGCUUCAUUGUAGUUGACACUUCUGCAUUUAUGUAUUAUUAUUGUGUAUUCUUCGCUAUAUCAUUUAGACAGCUCCAAUGUUGUUGUGCUUCAUUGUAGUUGACACUUUUGCAUUCAUUUAUUAUUAUUGUGUAUUCUUCGCUAUAUUAUUUAUAAAGCUCCAUUAUUGUUGUUUGUAUUGUAUUUGACACUGAUGCAUUCAUUUUUUAUUAUUGUGUAUUCUUCGCUAUACUAUUCAGACAGCUCCAAUAUUGUUGUUUGUAUCAUGUUUGGCACUGACCGAUUUAUGUUAUAAUAACAAAAACAAGUGCUUAGGUAAACACAAUGUAAUUUUGUUAUGUUGUAUUGUACAAAGCAAACAUUUGCAUUGUAUGUGUUGUAACGAUUGAAUCAAACAUUAUAUUAAC